AUGGAAGGAGAAGUUCGUAAAGUGGAUGCAUCAGCAUUCAAGGAGUGUGUCUCUCUUGUAUGGAGACACCCAUAUGUUCUUCGAUUGGCCUUUUCUGCAGGAAUUGGAGGCUUACUCUUUGGUUAUGACACUGGAGUAAUUUCUGGAGCUUUACUUUACAUUCGCGACGAUUUCUCUUCAGUCGACAAGAAGACAUGGUUACAGUAUGAAUUAACUUCAGAUUCUCAACUUGUGGUCUCCCCUGAAAAAGUCGUAUAUUUAUCUGCUCUAGCGAGGACUGGUUCCUUAAUUUGCAUGAAAACGCAGGAGGCUAUCGUGAGCACAGCAAUUGCAGGGGCGAUUGUAGGAGCGGCAGCAGGAGGAUGGGCAAACGAUCGCUUUGGAAGGAAGACUUCAAUCCUGGUUGCCGACUUCCUCUUCUUUACAGGUGCUGUCAUCAUGGCCGCCGCUCCAAACCCGGCGCUCCUCAUUGUAGGCCGCGUCUUUGUCGGCCUCGGUGUGGGGAUGGCAUCGAUGACAUCGCCACUCUAUAUAUCGGAAGCCUCUCCAGCAAAUGUUCGGGGUGCGCUCGUCGCCACCAAUGGCUUCCUCAUAACCGGAGGGCAAUUCGCAUCCUAUCUCGUCAACCUGGCCUUCACUAAGGUGACGCGGAUGGAUGCAACAUUAUCUCAAAAGUCUAGAAAUUCUGAUCGGAGAGAGAGAGCUUAUCGGAUGGUUCUCUUUGUUUUCAGGCACCUGGAACAUGGAGGUGGAUGCUAG